AUGCCGAAGCCGACGCUGCUGCUGCGCGGGGGCUGGGAGCGCGAGCGCAGCCCCGGGGACUCGGAGCUGGGCCGCCAGUUCCGGGACUGGUGCCUGCGCACCUACGGCGACUCGGCCAAAACCAAGACGGUGACACGCAGCAAAUACCAGCGGAUCGCCGAGGUCCUGCAGGGCGGCGGCGGGACCGGCGCGGGCAGCGGCCCGGCGGCCGGCGAGAAAGGCAAGUUCCAGUUCUGGGUGCGCUCCAAGGGCUUCCGCCUGGGCAGCGGCCGGGAACCCAAGAUGGGCCAAGUGGUGUAUGUGCCGGUCAAGACGGGCUCGGGGGCAGAUGGCCUGUCGGAGCCCGAGGGCAUCUCUCUGAAGCGGGUCGCUGUGGUGGAAGAUUUCUUUGACAUCAUCUACUCCAUGCAUGUGGAGAGCUCAGCUGAGCCAGGCAAAGCCCCCAAGCACGCCGGGCAGAAGAAAACCUACCGAGCGAUCGCGGAGACCUACGCCUUCCUCCCAAGAGAGGCCGUGACCCGGUUCCUGAUGAGCUGCACCGAGUGUCAGAAGAGGAUGCACUUUAAUUCCAACGGCCUGGAGCCCAAAGAAAGCGAGCCUCCGUCUCCGCUGGUGUCCGGGAUCAUCGACUACAACAUGCCCCUCACCUCCACCUACCUGAAGCAGAUGAAGCUGCGGGUGAUGAACUCUCAGGAGCAGGAUGAGACCUCAGUGAGCAGCGGAGAUUUUGAUAUGAGCGACUCCACAUGGAUGUCAGCUGACCCACACCUGGCCUCCAGCCUGAGUCCCGGCCAGGACGAGAGGAUGCGGAGCCCGCAGAACCUGCACAGCCACGAGGACGACGACUCCUCCUCCGAGAGCGGCAGCGGCAAUGGCUCCUCCACCCUGAACCCGUCCACGUCCAGCAGCACGCAGGGCGACCCCGCCUUCCCCGAGAUGAACGGCAACGGUGCCGCGGCCCCCAUGGACUUCACCGCAGCCGCCGAGGACCAGCCCAUCAACCUGUGCGACAAGCUGCCCGCGGGGCCCGCGCUCGGCACACCCUCCUACCCCUCGGACGGCUGCCCCGACGGGCUGCGGAGCCGCGUCAAGUACGCCGUGAAGACGACCCCUGAGUCUCCCCCGUACAGCUCCGGGAGCUAUGAUUCCAUCAAGACCGAGGUGAGCGGCUGCCCUGAGGACCUGACGGUGGGCAGGGCCCCUGCGGCGGACGACGAUGACGAUGACCAUGACGACCACGAGGACAAUGACAAGAUGAACGACUCUGAGGGCAUGGACCCCGAGCGGCUCAAGGCCUUCAACAUGUUCGUGCGUCUCUUUGUGGACGAGAACCUGGACCGCAUGGUGCCCAUCUCCAAGCAGCCCAAGGAGAAGAUCCAGGCCAUCAUCGAGUCCUGCAGCCGGCAGUUCCCCGAGUUCCAGGAGCGCGCGCGCAAGCGCAUCCGCACCUACCUCAAGUCCUGCCGGCGCAUGAAGAAGAACGGCAUGGAGAUGACCAGACCCACGCCUCCCCACCUGACCUCAGCCAUGGCGGAAAACAUCCUGGCAGCUGCUUGUGAGAGCGAGACGAGGAAAGCGGCCAAGAGGAUGCGCCUGGAGAUCUACCAGUCUUCGCAGGACGAGCCCAUAGCCCUAGACAAGCAGCACUCCCGUGACUCCGCAGCCAUUACCCACUCCACCUACUCACUGCCAGCCUCCUCCUACUCCCAGGACCCCGUGUACGUCAAUGGCAGCCUCAACUACAGCUACCGUGGCUACGGGGCCUUGAGCAGCAACCUGCAGCCCCCUGCUUCCCUUCAAACAGGAAAUCACAGUAAUGGGCCCACGGACCUCAGCAUGAAAGGCGGGGCCUCCUCAGCCUCCAGCACGCCCACGCCCACGCCCUCCAGCAACAGCACCAGCAGGACCAUGUCGUCGGCACAGCUGAGCCCCACGGAGAUCAGCGCCGUGCGGCAGCUCAUCGCCGGCUACCGCGAGUCGGCCGCCUUCCUGCUGCGCUCGGCCGACGAACUGGAAAACCUCAUCCUGCAGCAGAACUGACGCAGCGGCGCCCGAGCGGCCCGGCCCCGGCUCCCCGCCUCCCCGCCUCCCCAGUUGGUACCUCUUGCUUUCUGCACGAGGCGGGAUCCAGAGGAGCACUCCUAGCACCUGAGACUUUGGGCACAAGGACACUUUGUUUGGAACCUCACCACACGGGUGCUCUGAGCUGCUCGGAGAGGCAGCGGGGCCGCUCUGGAGGGGCUGGGGCUGCAGCUGGCUUAGACGCAGCCCCGUGGACCCUGACGUUAGAACCCACCCCCAGAUAAUUACCUUUCAAGUCUUAGGUGAGCAGAAUUGCAUAUUUAUUGAGAAAAACAAAGUGGACCCUUUCUUCCUCUCCCCUUAGUAAUUUAUUUUUCUGAAAAUGGAUUCUUUUGUGUUUGUACAGAUUGCCAGUCUGUGUGUGUCUGAUCAGAAGGAUGUACCCCUGUAGCCGACAUUGCAUAGCACUACACUGACGCGGGCCGGGGCUGGCUGGCCGCGCCCUCAGCCGGGCCGUCCCAGGGACGCCACCAAGCAGGAGGACCUUCCCCACACCCAUGGCAAAGCAGAACAGAAAAGGCACCCCCGCCCCGUUGUGCGGAAGCCCCGGUCCCAUGGUCACCUGUCUUCUACCUCACACUCCAGCGUGGGCUUUUUCCAGGACGUGCCCUGAGCCUGCUCUGAACGGCUGCUCCCCACUCGAGCUGGCCGCCCGGGAGUCCCGGAACCGGAGCCCAGGGAGCCAGGCCUGAGCGCCUCUCUGCGUAGCUCAGAAGGAAGGGGCCGCUGUGUCAGGCUGAGCCCUGGCUGGCAGGCAGCCGAGAGCGCCAGUGGGACCGCAGCUCCUGUGCCCUCGCCCGUCAUCAGUGAAGUGGAGAAGCCACCGGGGGCUGUCCCAGGACCGGCCCUCUCUCUGGAGGGGCCCGUCCUGGAGGAGACCCUGUGACCCCUGGAGUGUGAAAAAGGGCAGAAAGCAAGCUGGCCGGUUUCCUCCCCCGUGACAGGCACUUCCUCUUGCUCAGUGCAAUACCUACCAGUGCUGCUAAAACCAGGGAUUCACCAGACCUCAGCAGGCCCCCGGGGCCUCUCCGUGCAACACUCCGUAGCCAUGAGAGCAGCUCUCUGCUGCCCGCCCUGCCCAGAGCUGGCAGGAGCCCUCUGUUGCCUUCCCCCCAACCCCGCGGAGCAAAGAGGCCCCCAGGGAGUCAGGGCCGAGCGGACCCUAGGAUGGCCAGAGCGCGCCACUCGAUCCCAGAGCAGGCACCAAGCCCCCCGCCCCCCCACCCCAGACCAGCCUCUCUGCAGCCGACUGACUGCCUGUUGCGGCCACUGCCUCCUGGCACCGUGGCAGACCACCCCUCAGGAGGGGCAGGACGGGUGCCAGUGUGGACGCCCCAUCCUGCCUCGUGUCCAGAAACCACAAGGUGGGGUACCCCACCCUGGGCUCCCUCCCAGCCCGCGUUCCCCUACCCCGCCCCCUCGUGGCCUCCAACACCUGACCCAGCCACACCACCUCUGCCUUCCAGUUGAUCGCCCCCGCCCCCAGGCCUCUGGCCAGGGCCGGGACACCCAGAUGCACCCUCAGCACAGCACAAACUCUAGUGCCCAAGGCCUCUCCCACCCCACUGUCCACACAGCACCCCCCACCUGCUCAGUCCGACCCCCUGACGUUUGAAUUUGUGUAAAUACUUUUGUGUGUGUGUGAACAAUAUUGCAAAGUAAUCAUUAGAUCUUUUGCAAAAUGUGACCCCAGGCAAUUUGUGAAAAUCUUAAUGUUAAGAACUGGCAGAGACAAUCGCCGCCCUAGCAUUCCUGGUACCGGUUGCUUAACAUGUCGCUUCUCCCAGAGGCAGUGCCAAGCUGGGCACACACGGUUUGCGUCUCCUGGCAGGCAGGAGAGAGAGACUGGGGAAGGGGCUUCCUCCCACCUCCCGUGCAGAGCAUGCCGCCGUGCCCCAGGGCCGCGCUCAGAGCACAGGCCCCGGCCAUGUGGGCUUUCAGAGAAAGGGAAGCGGAGUGCCAGUGGCGAUGGCCCCAGGGGGCUUCCCCGGGGAGCCCCUUCGCAAAGGAGCCGGCACCAGCAGGAGCAGGUGACGUGGUGCGAUGGACUCGCGAGCUAGUUCAGUCAGGGGACUUAUUUCACUUGUUUUAAAAGAUGCAGCUUCAACCCCUUCCCUAUACUCCUGAGGUGGACAGAGCGCCCAGCUUGCUGUCCCGCCACCCCCACCGCAGAGAGCGCCCCGCCCUGGGGGUGGGGGGACUCAGGACACAAAGCAGCCAUGUGGGGUCCUAGAGUCAAAGGGAAACACCAGAGGGGACCAGCCGUUCGAGUCUCUGCAGGGCUGACCCUGGGAGGAGGGGUGCAGAGGAGCGGCCACUGGGUCUUGUGGGGUGACCCAACUGGAAUCCACGUCACCGCCACCGCUCAGUGGUACUCAGUCUGUCCCCAAGGACGGCGCCGAGGGGGAGGAGGAUGGGCAGGGGUUAGGGGGGUUCGAGGGUUUCCCACAGGUGGCACUCAUCCGUCCCCACCCCGAGGGCCACUUGGACUCCAGGGGCGGCCACAGGAGUAACCACCAGUUCACUUUCAAAAUGCUGCUUUGAACUCAGAGGGUUGAUACUUUUAAUUUGUAAUUUUUUGUAAAACUUUUUACGAGAUAGUAAAGUAUUUCACCAGAACACCUGUUUCAAUCCGUCCGUGGUCUGAUUUUUAUAUAAUUUAGUGGUGCUUUAGAAACUUUGUUUUUUUGUUGUUUCUGAGCUCAACAGCUCGACCCAUCUCCGCCUGUAUCUACCUAAGACCAAUGUGAACCUUUGUAUUUUUGCUCCUAAUUUUGGACUCAGUGAAAGUGUACUGUUUACAUGUACAGAAGCCCCGCGCCCUGUGUUCUGCAAGACUCCCUCUUGAGGAGGAAGCUGCACCUCACUACGCUCAUCUGCUUAGCAAAGCCACGCAACAAAAACCUCUUGCUUUUCACCUACGUUUCCACCUAAAGAGGAAAACAACUACGCACCCGUGGAACCCAGCCUCGCUGCGCAGCGCCUGGGAGCGGCAGCCAGAGCCCUCUGGGGUCAGGGGGAGGAGGAGUCCCGUCCUCCAGCAGCCUGGCCCCGGGACGCUCACGAUGCCUCACGUGGCCUUCAGGACCGAGCCACCCAGGGCUUGGGGACAACCCAUGAGGUCGUCGAUCCCCUGGCACAUGUAGAUCCGUUUUGGAAGAGCCGAGUGCGCACGCGAGACGAGGCGCCGAGACCUUCCCGGAGGCAGCUGGCUCCGACAGAAGCGCGCGGCUCUGCAGCUGACGGUGGACGGCACCGCCUUUUCACGGUGACUCUGACUGGAUGGCUUCACCUCUAAAUUAUAUUUUUACAGCUAUGCACCUAUGCAACUUAACGUGGCUCUUCUAAGCAGGUGAGGACUUCCUCCUCAAUGCUCUCCAGACAAACGAUUUGUGUUCUCUAUAGUGAGUUUUCCCGGUAAACGUGGCUUAAUAUUUUAAUUCUUAGAGCGUGUCUUCUCUCCGUGAUGCGACUAACCCGUUUUGUUUGUGGAAUGACUGGCACAGGCCACCUCCUCUCCCCCACUUAACAAAAGACCAAUGAGCUGUUAAUCGAGCUGUUAUCUCCAUGGUAUUACUUGCUAAAUGCACUGAUUUCUUAAGUAUGUGGAAUCCUUUUCCUCUUGAACUGUAUAUCAUAUAUAAGACUGAAUCUACUUAAUAAACACUGAACG